UCUGUCAUCUGAGAUCCUCCUCAGUCUCUCACUGUUUACCCACCGCCGGCCCGGUUGCAGUCUGCAUGCUCAGGAUUACCAGAGGCCUCUUCUUUCAGUGCCAACAUCUCUGCCUUCCUUUGGCUGGCGUCUUUGGGAUAUAGAGGGGGGUUCUGAAGGUCUGAGCUGAGGGGGCUGCAGAGGAGAGCCGGGACCGAGGAGGCCCACAUCCCUGAUUGCUUCUCCUCUCUUCUCUCUGGUCUUUUUGGAGUUCUGGUUUGGUUCUUUCGGGCAGGAUUGGGGGGUUUGGAGGACUCCACUACAUCAUGGAUCACUCUCUGUUUGGUUGCCUCCGCAGCCCUGCCGCUCAGGGUCUGCACCCCGCCAUCACCUCCUCACCUCUGACCCUGCAUGGCCGCAGUGACCACGUCUCCUACCUGGACCUCCCAAGCUCCUCGCCCCCCUGUAACUUCUCUGCAGGAGACGAUAGUGGUGUGUAUAACACUGCAGUGCACAGAGGUCACCUGACCCAACAGCCCCCAACUGCCUGGACAGUCCCCUUUCAGAUACCUUCACCUAGCACUCGUCAUGGGGUCUGUCUGCCAGCGCUAGAGGCCACAGCACCUGAACUUUGUUCAGGGGGGACAGGUUUGGACAGCGAAGACCCGGCGGCUGAGUCUGUGGAUUAUGGACAACAGAGUUUGUCUGUAGAGGACGCAGAGAGACGGAGUGGUGGAGGAAAGAAUGAAAUCACAGAGUCCCAGGACGGGAGCUAUAAGUCAGACAUGAACAGCAAACCCAGGAAGGAGCGCACAGCCUUCACCAAGGAACAGAUCCGAGAGCUGGAGUCCGAGUUCGCUCACCACAACUAUCUGACCAGACUGAGACGCUACGAGAUUGCCGUCAACCUCGACCUCACCGAAAGACAAGUGAAGGUUUGGUUCCAGAACAGGAGAAUGAAGUGGAAGCGAGUGAAAGGAGGCCAGCAGGGGGCAGCAGCGCGGGAGAAAGAACUGGUGAAUGUUAAAAAAGGGACGUUACUGCCGUCUGAGUACUCCGGGAUCGUAGGACUGCAGCGCUCAUCGAGCCCACCGAGGACGACCACAGAGGACAGUCAGGACAGUGACCAGAGCUCCCAGCAGCCUCACUUAUGACCUGCAGGGGUGCUAAUGGAUGGGACAGAGGACACUUUGGUGAGACAAGAAAAAUCUAGAGAACAAAUCCUCCCAAUAGCCUAUGAAAUGGGACUGAAAGUACAUUCCAGAGGUUCUUUAAACUGAAGCAAGAACUUGGAAUUUGCACUGUCAAAGGUUUGUUUCAGUGAAAUGUUAAAACAUUUUGUACGAUGAACUGAAGUUGCAGCACACAUGCUUUUGCAUUAAUUUAUCAAAGUCAAAGACUGUUAUCCCGUUUAAACCUUCUUGAUCUUUUUUUACAUUGAAUGAUGAAACUGGAGCUUUCAAAUUUGUAUUUUUUCCACACUCCUUUCUAAAGUUUACAAACUUUUUACCUGCAAG